CCGAGGGACGGAGAGCAGCGCGCGCGGCCGCAGGGGAGCAGACCUCCACCGCGCGGGCAGGGCCAGCCUGCCGGCUCCGACGACAGCGCCAUGUCCGACGGCGACAACACCACCCUGCUCCUCGCCCCGUCCCCUCUGCAGCCGGACAACUACACGCUGCCGCCCAGCGCCAGCGGCCUGAGCCCGGGCCCCGACUUCCCCGUCGCCCCCGCCUCCAGCGCCGCCCCCAGCCCCAGUCCCGGGCUCAGCCUCGGGCCGAGUCCCAGCGUCGGGUUCAGCCCCGGCCCCUCUCCCACCCCGGAGCCCACGACCGGCGGCUUCGCGGGCGGCGCGGCCAGCGCGGGCGCUUCCCCGUUCCCUCGGCCCUGGGCCCCCCACGAGCCCGCGUUCUGGGACACGCCGCUGAGCCACGGGCUGAACGUGUUCGUGGGCGCCGCCCUGUGCAUCACCAUGCUGGGCCUGGGCUGCACCGUGGACGUGAACCACUUCGGCGCGCACGUCCGGCGGCCGGUGGGCGCGCUGCUGGCCGCGCUCUGCCAGUUCGGCCUCCUGCCGCUGCUGGCCUUCCUGCUGGCGCUCCUCUGCUCGCUGGACGAGGUGGCCGCCGUGGCGGUGCUCCUGUGCGGCUGCUGCCCCGGCGGCAACCUCUCCAACCUCAUGUCCCUGCUGGUGGACGGCGACAUGAACCUCAGCAUCAUCAUGACCAUCUCCUCCACGCUCCUGGCCCUGGCCCUGAUGCCCCUGUGUCUGUGGAUCUACAGCCGGGCCUGGAUCAACACGCCCCUGGUGCAGCUGCUGCCCCUCGGGGCGGUCACCCUGACCCUCUGCAGCACUCUCAUCCCCAUCGGGCUGGGCGUCUUCAUUCGCUACAAAUACAACCGGGUGGCUGACUACAUUGUGAAGGUUUCCCUGUGGUCUCUGCUAGUGACACUGGUGGUCCUUUUCAUAAUGACCGGCACUAUGUUAGGACCCGAACUGCUGGCGAGUAUUCCUGCCACUGUUUACAUGAUAGCGAUUUUUAUGCCUCUAGCAGGCUACGCCUCAGGCUACGGCUUAGCCGCGCUCUUCCGUCUCCCCCCCAACUGCAAGAGGACUGUCUGCCUGGAAACGGGCAGCCAGAACGUGCAGCUCUGCACCGCCAUCCUCAAGCUGGCCUUCCCACCGCGACUCAUAGGGAGCAUGUACAUGUUUCCCUUGCUCUAUGCCCUUUUCCAGUCGGCAGAAGCGGGGAUUUUUGUGCUGAUAUAUAAAAUGUACGGAAGUGAAAUACUGCACAAGCAAGACCCUCUCGACGAAGAUGAAGACACAGAUAUUUCUUACAAGAAACUGAAAGAAGAGGAGAUGGCAGACACGUCCUACGGCACAGUGAACGCAGAGAGCUUAAUGAUGGUGGAAACCACGCAGACUGCUCUCUGA